GGGGGUGUGGGUUACCAGAAGAAAAUUUUAAAAGGAACAGAAGCCAGCGGCUCGUUCUCAGAAGAACUCCAGACCUAGGAAGAGGUCAGAUCCCUUGCACCAAACUAGACGCCGCCUUCUCCCCCCUUUGCCUGCUUUCCUAUGCUCUGGGAAGUCCCCAGUAUAUCUUUAAGGUCCAUAGUGCCGGGAGACAUCAAGGAGAAGAAUACCAACCCUCAAUAUCCAGACAAACGCUGUGCCUGGCUGUGGUAGAAAUUGGAAAUCCUUGAAGCUGGCAAUCUUAAUCUGUUGCAUAAAUCUAUAAACACCGUGACUGAAUAGCUCCAGCCACGUGUUCUGGUGGAUUGAAAAGCGGUCCCCCCUUUUUGUUCCUGGACCUCUGUAAAUUCAUCUUUGACGGCAAGAGUUUUGAGUCAUGAAUAGGACUACUGUUUUGAGUCUCUUUAUUCUUGGCUGCUUUUGUGCCAGGGCUCUUGCCAGGGAUGCAAGAGGCCACCAUGAGAACCCUGGUGAGGGGAAUGAAACCCAUUCUGAUUCAGAGGCUAUAGAUGAAAUAUUGGAAGAGCCGCAGACUCACCGAAAGAAGAUUCACAUUUUGGGAGAAAACGACCUGCUAACUGACUUGGCAAACUGCAGAUACUUCAAACAGUUUAGGAAAAUCUUGAGGAAAGCACAGCGAGAAAUCUUACUCCAUCUGCAAAAUUUCAGUCAUAUAGAUUUACCGGAGGCAAUAAGGCAAAACGUUAAUCUAUUGAAAAGAGCUAAGUUGUGGGCUGUUAGAUUUUUAUCAAAGUCUCAAUCUAUUGUCAAUGUUUGUGUACCAGCGCUCUCGAUCAAUGCCACAAAGGUCACAAAAUCAGAAAAAAAUGAAAGGCCAGAUGACCAACUAACCCUCAUCAGUAGUGAAUAUGGAAGGAUUCAAGGUGGAGAACAAUACAUUGUGGAUGAGAGUGAUCCAGAAAUUAGAAUCCAUCAAAGGGCAAAGCAAAUUCAGCACAAAAAGCUCUUCCCCAGAAGCAAUAGAAGAAAAAAAAUUGGUCGACUUGUUAAUACCAUUUUAUCUAUGUUGACAACAGACGGGAAAAUUGACGAAACUUCUCUAUUAAAAGAACUUAUAUCAUCAACUGCAGGAGAUAACAUGUCGAAAGUAACUCAACGUGCUGAAAAAGGUCCUUACAUCAAAGCACAGAUAAGUGGUCGCGUGAGAGAUGUUCCGCCAUACUUUCUCAGUGUAGCCGUGGGAGCGAGAAUUAUAAAACAUGGGAAACUGGCUGACCUUGCCAGCUCCCGGCGUUUCCGAACUCUUUCACGUGGUUUGUCUCCAGCUAUACUGAGGUACGGUGGAACAUAUGCGAAUUGCGUCAUCUACCAGGAAAAGGUCUCCGAUGACUCUCCCAGAAUGAAUGAUGAUCACAGAGAUCGUUCCAUCAUCGAGCGUCCUAUAUAUGAUGUCAUUAUAGGAAAGGACGAUGAAAGUCAAGAACCUGCUCAUAAUGCCUCUCUAAGAACGGAAGCAGAUGAUAUAAGGGACAACAGAUCUCCACUUAGUAAAAGGAUGUCAGACUUCGAUGAUAGUGGAGCUUAUCGGCUAGUAACCGAUGAACGUGAAGGAAACCAUACUUGUCCUUUUGAUGAAGAAUUCCAUUCGCACUAUGGAGUCAAACCUAAGAGCGAUUCUACAGACUCUUCUUAUGAUUUACUGGCGGCCAUCUUCUCAUCGGUCAACAGAAAAGCUUCCCUUUUCCUCAAUGAUGAGCCUACUCAACUUGACGACGAAGAUUUGUCCCAUGAUCAUUUCACAAAUUUCACAAUGACAGCGGACGAUCUGAUCACCUUAACAGACUUCGCAGAAGAUGUUGGAAUGACACUGCUCUUUGAUGUCAAUCAGUUAUACCGAACGCCUGACCGACUGGAAUGGGAUCCGACAAAUGCCCGGAGAAUCUUCCACGACGUUGCCGCAAGAAACAGAUCAUUGAUUUGGCAACUAGGGAAUGAACCCAACGCAUACCACCAUGUUUUUGGGCUGACCCUCUCAGGCCAAGAGGACGCCUCCGACUUCGAAAAGUUUCACCAAGAACUAAAAGCAUAUUUCGACCACCCGAUCAUAGUGGGACCCGACGUCACCAGACCCCAGGCCAAACAUGACUCACCAGACGAUGAGUUAGAAUCAGCUAUUAUAUCGACGGAAGGACUGCUACCAUAGAAGACUUCAUAUCGGCCGAUUUGUUCGAUGAACUUGCAUAUUCUAUCACCCAAAUCAUCCACGUCCGUGACCAGCUGGCUCCAGGAACCCCCAUAUGGCUAACGGAGACCAGCUCAGCCUUCGGGGGAGGAGCCAAGAACCUAAGCAAUCGGUACAUCGAUGGAUUUCUUUGGAUGGACAAAUUGGGAACUGCAGCUCGUAUGGGUAUCAGCGUGGUAGCCAGACAGACCCUCUAUUCGGGAAACUACGCCAUUAUCGAUGAUUACAUUACCCCUGAACCAAGUUACUGGCUUUCCUACGUCUUCAAAAAUUUAGUAGGAGAAAGGGUCCUGAACGUAACAAUGAGAGGUGCUUCGUCAACAACAAGGCUCUACGCUCAUUGUCAAAAAAACUCGUCUUCUUACUCUUAUCAAUCUGGUAAUAUUGUCAUCUUUGGUAUGAAUUUAGACGUUAAGUCGGUAGAUGUAUCUAUAUCAGGGAUUCAUCGGAGUCACCUCAUUGAGGAAUAUGUCUUGAAACCAGCAUUUGGAGAUCUGCAGUCUAAUGCUGUAUUGUUGAAUGGAAAGGCCUUGAGGAUGAUAUCUGACGAGGAACUGCCAGAAUUAACUUCGGUGCCGUUGCCAGAUCAAGAGUUUCAUAUUCCUCCCACUACUUUCGGAUUCUGGGUAUUCGUGAAGGCAGGAUUUGAGGAUUGUCUCGAAGAACAUCGUUUCUAGUCUCAGAAAUGUUUCAGACUUGUUUUCAUGGUAACACGUGUGUAAGACUAUGCGGCAGUCUGCUCUUAAUUAAAAAAUAUUUUCAUGAUGUAUUUAGUUAAGUUUUCCAUUCUAGGAGUAAUAAAUUGACAAUUGUAAUUUCCUUUUGGGUGCAAGUUAUUAUAGGUCUUCGUGAUUUAAUACCGGUGAAUGUAAAAAAAUAUUACGAUACAUGUAAUAGAAAUUCAUAAUUGACCAUGUGUUACAAACUUACCAAUCAGCUAUCAUGGUGGAAGUAGGUUGAUAUCGACUGUAAGUACAAAAUCUAAAUUUGACAGGCAUAUUUAGAAUAGUCGCUGUCAGCUUACACCUCUUUUGAUGGCUCACUGGUUAAAUCUCACUGUAGGUAGAUCGUAGUCUGUAAACCAUAAACCAGGCAGCGUUUCACAUCCCAGUGGUGGCAACUUAUCAGUUGUAAUUUCCCUUGGGUGGAAGUUAUUCCUGAGGUAUAGUGAACUGGAUGGCAAGUAAUUUCUAUGGCUUAAUGCUUGUGAAUAUAAGAAAUGUCACGGUAUAUGCGACAAAUAUUCAUA